CCCAUUGGAAACUGUGAUGCACUCAGAGACUGGGCAUUGACCAACUAUGGACUGGAUGAAUAUCGGCCUUAUACUUUUUAUGAAAUGUUGGCCCAUGAUGCAUACCGUGAUGAACUUGUCAGACGUGAUCUCUUUUCAGAUCUUUUACCAAAAACAUGCCAAAACUUUGCUUCCUUAUGCAGAAGCGACUUAAGCCCAGUUCCGAAAAAUGAAAUUGAAGUUUACACGAUGGCCUACAAGGAUAGUAUCUUUCACAGGUUAGUACCAGAUGGCUGGAUUCAAGGAGGAGUUAAAACACCGUUCAUUCAUAAACUGUAUACUAUCUUGCGAACGCAAAAAUCAAUACUGUUUGUUUUCGUAUUAGAUGAAAACUUCAGUGUCAAGCAUGACAAACGGGGAAUUAUUAGCAUGGCUAACAAGGGAAGACACACGAAUGCCUCCCAGUUCUUCAUCACCUUCAAACCAGCCCGCUGGAUGGACUUUCGUUACGUCGCUUUCGGGCGUGUGUUGGAGGGCUGGCACACACUGGAAGCCAUGGAGCACGUACCUACGGUGAAUGAACGUCCCGUUCAGGAGAUCAAGAUGGCCGAAGUGAAGGUGUUGGCGGGGAAGGACAUUCACGACAAGCUUCGCUGA